AAACGACCCGGUCCGGUGUUGCCAGGUAAUUAUCAUGAGAAAAAAGUGUUACAGUUACACACAUAGUCUAUGCAGGAGCCGCAAGACAGACAACCUCUGCCAUGCAGGAAAUGCUUGCCAACCUCAUUUCAUUCGUGUUUUCCCUUACAGUCUGCGGAGCACAGAUUUUCCUUGCCAUGUCGAGAAACUUUGUGAUGCAGAAACCCCAACAAAUGUGUAACUGUAACACUUUUAUUUUCCUGUGAUAGUAAUCACGAGGUUUUUACUGGGUCGGACGUUCUGCGUGUUCCGCCUGACGAUGCUGAAGGACUUUUCGCUGCAGAAAGUCGACUCUGUGGAGGACAUCCGGGCGGUUCUGCUGGAUUUGCAGAACGCGGUUGCGCUCCUGACAAACUUCCCGGACUUGGUCCAUUUCGGGCGGGAUGCAGAAACGGGGGGGAAAAUUUUAAC